AUGGAGAGUUCUGAGAACGGGGCAUGGAGCAGGGGGUAUUGGCUACUCAUCUUCCACUUAGCAGUAUGUGAGUGUGCUGACAGGGCAGGACGUUGUAGCCUGUUUGGUCGUCAGCAUGUUCAGACGUUUGAUGGUGUCGUGUAUGAGUUCCGUGGAGACUGCAGUUACAUGCUGUCUGGAGACUGCCAUAAGAGAAGCUUUUCCAUCCUGGGGGAUUUCUCUGGAGGUAGAAGGAAAGGUGUGACUGUUUUUUUGGGGGAAUUCUUUGAGCUUCAUCUGUCCGUGGAUGGGACUCUGUCUAAAGGAGCAGAGAGGCUCCCUUUGCCCUAUGCCUCCAGUUCAGUGUUUGUUGGGUUUGAGCUGGGAAGUGUGAGAAUGUGGAGUGAUGAAUUUGGGUUUUCUGUGCGGAUUGACCCUUCACACAACAUCCAAAUAGUACUCGGAAAUCACCAUGCCAACCGCACCUGUGGUCUCUGUGGCAACCUCAACAAAGUACCAGACGAUGACUUCAUGGCACAGGAGGGAUUUUUGACUGAUGACGCAUAUGAUUUUGCAAACUCCUGGGCACUGAAUGGAGCCGUAGAGCCAUGCGGACGUGUAGCUCCACCCUCACACACCUGUAACAACACCAGGGGCUCUGCCAGGGAGCAGAUGGCCCAAUGCGAGUUGUUGCGUAGCUCAGCGGUGUUUCUGCGUUGUGCUCACGUGGUUGAUGCUGAUGUGUUUGUGUCAGCGUGUGAGUCUGACGUGUGUCAGUGUUCAGAGGGACAGGAAUGUGUGUGUUCAGCACUGCAGGAGUACGCCCGCACCUGCGCCUUCCAUGGUGUGGUACUCCCUAACUGGCACACAAUCAGUCACUGCUAUCCCCAGUGUCCUGUUGGGAUGCAGUACAGGGAAUGUGCACAGGCAUGUUCCACCUCCUGCCAGAGUCUUAACAUACAGGAAAUUUGCAAAGAGGAGUGUGUGGAUGGAUGCACCUGCCCAGUGGAUAAGGUGCUGGAUGGGGAUCGGUGUGUUGAGGUAUCUCAGUGUUCCUGUCUCCAUACGGGCCGACGAUACCCACCUGGAUCCACAAUUUCACAGGACUGCAAUACGUGUGUUUGUCGGCAUGGCUCAUGGGAAUGUACCAAUGAGGAAUGUCCAGGUGAAUGUGUGGUGAUGGGGCAGUCGCACUAUAAAACAUUUGAUAAUAAAUUCUACACCUUCAGUGGCCACUGCCAGUACCUGCUAGCAAAGGACUGCCAGGACAACCAUUUCUCUGCCGUUAUAGAAACAGUGCAGUGUGCAGAUGACAAUGACGCAGUCUGCACACGGUCAGUUACUCUGCGGUUCCAUGGUCUAGCCAAUCAGACGAUCCGACUGAAGCAUGGAGGUGUGGUCUCUGUAGACGGCAUGGAUGUGCAAACACCUCUCUUAAAUGGAGCUUUGCGUGUUCAGAGGACAGUGUUGUCGUCUGUUAGGCUGAGUUAUGGAGAUGAUCUUCAGCUGGACUGGGAUGGCCGUGGCAGAGUGCUGCUCAAGCUCCAUCCGGUGUAUUCUGGAAAAACCUGUGGAAUGUGUGGUAACUACAACGGUAACCAAGGUGAUGAUUUUCUGACGCCUGGUGGGUUGGUGGAGACACGUGUGGAGGGGUUUGGAAACUCCUGGAAAAUGAAUGCAGAGUGUGACAAUGUUCACAGACAACACACUGAUCCCUGCAGUCUGAAUCCUAAGAGAGUGCGUUUUGCAGAGGAGGCUUGUGCGGUGCUGUUGUCUGUGAAGUUUGAGCCGUGUCAUUAUGAGGUGAACCCAUCUGCAUAUGUGAAAAACUGCCGUUAUGAUGUAUGCAGUUGUGCAGAUGGUCAGCAGUGUCUCUGUGUAGCCAUCAGCAGCUAUGCAGCCGCAUGCACAGCCAAAGGAGUCCUCAUCAACUGGAGGGAAAAGGGAUAUUGCGAAAUGACUUGCCCUGGAGAGCAGGUGUAUGAGGUCUGUGGGAGUUUCUGCAAUCAGACGUGUCGAUCUCUCUCCAUGCCCGAUACGGAGUGUGUGAGUGUGUGUGAGGAGGGCUGUUUCUGUCCACGAGGCCUUUACCUGAGUGACACCGGAGAGUGUGUGUCACCUGAUGACUGCACAUGCCACUAUGACGGAGAGAUAUACCAACCCAGCGACAUGUUCGCUGAUCACCACUCUGUCUGUUACUGUGAGAGAGGAUUAAUGCGUUGUAGCUCCAAUGAGUCGCCUGGAUCCCAGCUGUCAGAUCUGUUUUUUGAUGAACUCCCAUCUUCACGAGCAAGGCGGUCCCUGCCAUGUCCAGCUCCUAUGCAGAGUGCCGUGUGUGGGAGUGUGACAGAUGUGGGAAUAGAAUGUGCCAGAACAUGCCAGAAUCUGGACUUUGAGUGCGUUAGCCGGGGCUGUGUCGCUGGCUGUGUGUGUCCUCCGGGAACGGUGCGUCACAGGAAAGAAUGCAUUCCCCCUGACCAGUGUCCCUGUUUCCAUAACAACCGUGCUUUCUCUCCUGGACAGAGUGUUAUGAUGGACUGCAACACCUGUGUGUGCGUGGGCAGACACUGGCAGUGUACACAGCAUGUCUGUAAUGGUCUGUGUCACACAGUCGGUGAAUCUCAUUACAUGACAUUCGAUGGGCUCAAGUUUGGUUUCCCUGGACCCUGUCAGUACAUCCUCUCCCAGGAUUACUGUAAUGGAGUGGACGGGACAUUUAGGAUUCUGGUGGAGAAUUCGGCCUGUGGAGUCGUUGGUCAGCGCUGCAGUAAGAGUGUCUCAGUGUUUUACAGAGGAGGACUGAUCACUAUGGAGCAGGGAGAGGUGAGGAUGAGGAAACCAGUGAUGAAGGAGACAGUUGUGGAGAUUGUGCGCUCUGGCCUGUACUACAUCCUGCUGCUGGGAGAAGACAUCUCAGUAACCUGGGACAGAGCCACACGACUGACCCUGCAGAUCAGCCCACGCUACAGAAGCAGAGUAUGUGGUCUGUGUGGGGAUUUUGAUGGGAGUCAGAAUAAUGACAUGCUGAGCAGUAAUAAUAAGUUGGAGGUGGAUGCAGUCAGCUUUGGAAACUCCUGGAAGGUCCAGCCAAGCUGUGCAGAUGCCAUACAGGUGCCACCCCAGUGCAGUAUGGAUUUGGUGAAGCUGGUUGCAGUGGAACAAUCAUGUCGUGUGCUCUCUAGUGCAAUCUUCAGAGAAUGUAACGGUGUGGUGGACCCUGAGCCAUACUGGGAGAUCUGUACCUACGAUGCCUGUGCCUGUGCGUCUGUGGGCGACUGUGACUGCCUCUGUGAUGCUGUGGCAGCCUAUGCCCAAGCCUGUGCUCAGAGGGGCGUGGUCGUGCAGUGGAGGUCGAAUGACCUGUGCCCACUGAGCUGUGAUGCAUUGAAUCAGGGGUCGGGUUUAGAAUGUCAGUGGAGGUUUAAUGCAUGUGGUAACGCAUGCCCUUUGACCUGUCAGCACCCAGAUCCCCUACGCUGCCCUUUGACCUGUGUAGAGGGCUGCCACGCUACCUGCCCAGCGGGGCAGAUUCUGGAUGAGGUGGCUCAGCGGUGUGUGAGCCCAGAGCAGUGUCAGGUGUGUGUCCAUGAAGGAGACAGAGUGUCUCACGGCAAACAGAUCAUCCUAAACCACCACGACCCCCAGCUCUGUCAGAUAUGUCAGUGUGAAAACGGCAUGCUGAGCUGUGGGCCAUGUCCUCCCAUUGGCUCUGCCACAACCCUGGCCCCAACCACUGUCUUUACCACGCCCACUCCCCUCCCCUUUUCCACAGCCAUGCCUGAGGACGCUUGUGACCGAGCCAUGGACUUAGCUUUCCUUGUUGAUGGCUCAUCCGCUCUCAGUGAGGAAGACUUUGGUGCUGUCAAAGUCUUCAUCUUGGGCGUGGUAGAACGGUUUCGCAUGGGUUCUGCGCAUACACGUGCUACAGUUCUGCUCUUUCAUUCAGGUGUGAAAAGCUAUGACAUGCAAGUGCAGAAAUGGAUUUUCCGGAAAAUGGUUCACGAGAUGCGAUACAGUGGUGGUGAUGUGGCUUUCAUGGAUGAAGCGCUGAAAUAUCUUUCUGUUUACAUUUAUGAUAAGAACAAGCGAGAGCAUGCAGGACGUGUUGCGAUCCUGUUAACCGCCAGCGCUAAUCCCCGGUCCAUGCGCACCACACAGCGCCUGCUUCGUAAAAAGGACAUCACUGUGCUAACGGUGGCGCUAGGGCCCGACGUAAACAUGGCACAGGUUAAUGACAUCACCAAAGCCACACCCAGUAGCCGUGCCUAUGUGCUGAGCAGUGUUGGAGAGCUAGAGACGCGUAUGAUUGAAGUCACAGACUACCUCUGCACGCUAGGAUUGGACCCGAUUCCACCAGCAAAACCAGUACCAACCAAUAUAGCACAACCUAAAUCAGUGUCAACCAGUCCAACACAGUCUGCUCAGUUUGUUACCGUGGUAGCAAGUCCCAGCACAAGUUUUGUGGGAACGACUCGUCCCAGUUCGGCCCUUCUCUCAGCCCCGCCCACCCAGUCCCUCCCUGCCGGGCAGGUGCGUGACAUCAUAUUUGUGCUUGAAGGCUCUGACAGCGUGGGUGAACUGAUGUUCAACCAGACUCGAGACACACUCGCUGAUGUUGUUACCGCUCUUCCACAAGAUCACGACAUCCUGCGCAUUUCUGUAGUGCAGUACUCGGUUUCUGUGACCAUGGAGAUCAGCCACAUGGAACUGCAGCGCAGGGAGGAGUUGUCACACCGCAUGCGACAGAUUCGCUGGACUGGUGGUGACCAGACCAACACGGGCCAUGCCGUUCGUUCCGUCUAUGAGAUGGUGGCAACGCCAGGGCCCAGUCACACGCCAGAUCAGAUGGUCUUUCUCGUCACACAGAACCCACCCACCGACGUGAUCCAUCAACCACCCAGCUACGCCCACACUCGAGUGUUCCCAAUUGGGAUUGGUCCAAAAAUUCGAGAGGUGGAUCUGGAGCCUCUGAGUUUCCCACAAUCUCCCAUAAUGCUUCACACCCCGGAAGAGCUGCACUCACUGCGCACCCUCCUGAUCAACAUGAGCCUCAGUCACACAGUGACUAACGUGCACACAGCGUCGCCCAGAACCACCCUCCCCCCAUCAGUUCCGUGUUCAAAGGCAAUGGACGUGCUGUUCCUGCUGAGAGCUGCUUCUGAUGAUGAGUUUGAAGAUGUGAAGGCCUUUGUGAGAGCGUUCAUUCAGACCACUGGUAUUGGUACUAACAUGACUCAAGUAGCAGUCAUGAUGUAUGGUGAGAGACCAGUGCAGGCUUUCUCUUGGAAAGAACAACAGACUCCAGAUAACCUGGUUCAAAAGCUGGUGACAACACACAACACUGGAGACAAUACAGCCAAGAUGGGUGCAGCAUUGCACCUGGCUGUGCAGACUGCCAUUUCCUCCACCAGCGGGGGGCGUGUGGGUGUGGCUAAAGUGGUGGUGAUGCUCGUGAUUGACAGAUCAGCUGAUUCAGUUGAAGAAGCAGCUAACGAGGCUGUGGCAGCAGGUGUGUCUGUCUUCCCAGUCGGAGUGGGUGGGCGGUAUAAUCAGGCUGAACUGAGCAUGCUCGCCGGCCCACACAUGUCACACAACAUCAUUCAGCUCAGCAGCACCGCUGACCUGAUCACCAUGGUUACGCACGAACACUCACUCGCCGACAAACUCUGCAGGGCGGGCCCUCCUGGAGUGUGCGUGGAUGAUGAUGGCAAUGAGAGGAAGCCUGGAGAGCGGUGGGUGUUACCUGAUGGGUGUCAUUCAUUACUUUGUUCUCCAUCUGGGGCCGUCACUGUUCAAAGCCACAGAGUGAACUGUGAGAAGCUGCAGCAGCCUGUCUGCACACACAACCUCACCCCAGUACGACUCAACCAUGCCUGCGGCUGCUCCUGGGCCUGCCCCUGCAUGUGCUUUGGAAGUUCGACCAAUCAUGUUGUAUCAUUUGGGGGUGUGGCCCUAAAACUGAAAGGCGCUUGCUCCUAUGUGCUGCUUAGAUCAGGAGGAGCAGAGGUAACUCUACAUACCGCCCCUUGUCAGGAAUCAGCCAAUCAGAUCUGCAUGCAAGCUGUGGAACUGAGGGAGGGCGGAACCAGCAUAGUACUAAGGAAUGAUAUGAAGGUAACAGUAGGUGGUGUGGUCACUCCAGCUCCGUUUCAGUUGGGUGGAGUGUCUGUGACUCUGAUUGGAGCAUUGCUACAUCAGCUGAAAUCAGAGUACCACAAUUUCACCCUCACCUUCACUCCCCAUAGCAACGAGUUCACCAUCACCAUGGAUACUUCUGCCACAACAAAGACCACUACUGGCAUAUGUGGUUCGUGUGCUAAUGAUGGUCUGUACAUGUCUGAUGGAUCCCUGGUCUCUGAUCCUGAUGUGUUUCUACGUUCAUGGGCUCUCAGUGGCCCAGGGGGCGGGGAAUGUGUAUGGGGGCGUGGUGAAGAGUGUGAGGCGGGUGGGGCGGAGGUUUGUGAAGUGCUGAGGUCGAGUGUGUUUGAGCAGUGCCAGGCCUUGGUGCCUGUCGCUGACUACCUGGCGAUGUGUGUGCGUGUCGCGUGCCAUCCGACCGCGGUGUGUGACUUGCUGUCUGCCUACAGCAGUCUGUGUCGCCAACACGGCGUGUGUGUGAAAUGGAGAACGCCCAGCCUGUGCCCGAUGUCCUGUCCUAGUUCCAUGGAGUAUGACUCUUGUCGCUCGGGCUGCCUUGAGGAAUGUGGGCAUGGACGAGUGUAUCCAGGUGACAGCGCCAUUGGUGAUAGCGUCGGUGUAGCGAACCGCUCAGAAUGUUUGACCACACCCACUGAAGGGUGCUUUUGCCCACAUGGUGCAGUGCUCAUGGGAGACAAGUGUGUCAGUAGAGAAACAUGCAACCAGUGUGUGGACCAGUAUGGGACAGCACACCAGUAUUUAGAGAGCUGGACUCCAGAGGAAAACCCAUGCCAGCUGUGUGUGUGUCUUGACCAACAGCGAAUUAACUGCACUGCCUUGCCUUGCUCCAAUGCCAAAGCUCCUAGGUGUGGAGAGUGUGAGAUUCUCCAGGAGAAAAAACACUCCAAAUGCUGCCCAGAGUAUGAGUGUGUGUGUGAUUCUGCCUGUAAGCUGUCUGAGCCUCCACAGUGUGAGAAUGGGCUCAGUAUCAGUCUGACCAACCCUGGAGAAUGUGUACCUAUAUACCAGUGUGUCUGUAACAGGGAGGAGUGUUCUCUGAAGCCCAAACCGUCCUGCCCUGCUCACAGAAGGCUGUCAGUCAAACAGACGGAGUGCUGUGAUUGGUUUGAGUGUGUGUGCAACUGUGAGAACUCCACACGUACCUGCCCCCCAGGCUACAUCACCAAGGAGACCACAAAUGACUGCGAUUGCACUGAAGUCUCCUGUCUACCUGAUCAGGUGUGUGUAGUUGCAGGAGUUGUCUAUCCCUUGGGCAGUAAGUGGGAGGAGUCAUGUAAGAAGUGCUUCUGUUCCGAUCAGACAGACGGAGAGACAGGCUUGCACAUUGCUGUGUGUGAGGAUCCGGUUUGCAAUCAGUUCUGUCCUCUGGGCUCCUCUUACCAUCAGUCUGGGGGUGAGUGUUGUGGCAGGUGUCGUAAGUCCAGCUGUGUGGAGCAGACAGACGCGGAGCAUGAGGGGCGUCUCAGACUGGUCGGCGAGCGCUGGCUGUCCCCAGAUAACAAGUGUGUGUUGAAUGAGUGUGUUCAGGUGAACGAGGAAGUGUUUAUCUCUCACACUAACAUUUCCUGCCACCCUGUGGACACACCCACUUGCCCUCUGGGGACUGAACUACGCUGCAACACAGCAGACGACUGCUGUCCAACCUGCCACUGUGUUCCAAUGGAUGCAUGUGUGCUGAACCACACUGUCAUUGGGGCUGGGGAGACAGUAAUGGUGGACGUGUGUACACAUUGUUACUGCUCAGAGGAUCAUGGGAAAUAUCGUCUCUCUUGCCGAAGGACGAGCUGCACACCCUGUUCAGAGGGCUAUACUCUGGAGCAGAUUCCAGGAUCUUGCUGCGGUCGCUGUGUGGCAUCAGCCUGCACCAUCCAACGUCCAGAUGGACAAAGAACCAUCCUACAAGCCAAUUCAACACUUAAGGACGGUUGCACUCAUUACUCCUGUGGUGUGAAUAAAAAAGGAGAACUUGUUUUGGAGACUCGAAUCACCACCUGUCCCCCACUGGACCGCACACACUGCCUAGAACAGGGGGGAAAACUCAGUCCAAUUGGGGACAGCUGCUGUGAGAUGUGUACAGAGCCUGAGUGCCGAAGGGCUGUAGGUGUGCUGAAUUAUAUCAGAGUGGGUGACUGCCAGUCAGACGAACAGAUAGAGCUCAGCUACUGUGAGGGAAAGUGCCGCAGUAGGUCUGUGUUCUCUCUGGAGAAGAACAGUAUGGAGAGAGAGUGUGUUUGCUGUGCAGCAGUGGGUGCUGUUCCUCUGAGCGUGCCUUUGCAGUGCCCUAACGGAACACGCACGCACCACCAAAUCCUCACUGUGACAGGCUGUGACUGCACCGCUAACCCCUGUCCUGACUGAG